UUUGUACACGUAGUAGCUUCAACAGUGAAGAAAAAAACUUAAGGGGAGGGAUUAGUGUCUAAAGUCCUGCAACGGCUAGACAUUGGACGAAAUAAAAACUGCUGAUAAACUAGAUGCACUGUAUUUCAGCUAACACAAUGCACACAUCCUCAAAACUUCCGCUCACCUUACAAAUGCUACAGGAUGCCAGAGAAAAAGUGAAAAACAGCCCUUUGCAUGUUGUACGCACUCCAGUGGUAAACAUAAAUCAAACAGCAUUGUUGCACCAUCCAUCCUGUGACCUCUUUUUGAAGCUUGAAAAUUUACAGACAACAGGUUCAUUUAAAAUCAGAGGAGUGGCUAACCAGUUUGCCGGAAGACCCAGAGGAGGCCAGUUUGUUACAAUGUCUGCAGGAAACUACGGGAAAGCAUUUGCUUAUGCUUUGAAAGAGUACAGUAGUAAAGGAAAAGUUGUAAUGCCAGAAACAGCUCCAUCAUCCAGGGCUGCUAUAAUUGCUAGUUAUGGGGCAGAUGUUGAACGAGUCCCCCAGGAGUCGCUGCAGCUUGCUGUGGAUAAUAAUGUAAGAGAGCACAAUAUGACCUUUUUGCACUCCUUUGAUGAUGUGGAUCUCAUGGCUGGUCAUGGGAGCCUUGGUUUUGAAAUUCUUGAAGAUGUUCCUAAUCUUGAUGUCAUUGUCAUAUCUUGUGGAGGUGGAGGCUUACUUGCUGGUGUAUCUGCUGCAGUCAAACUUCAGUGUCCUAAUGUAAGGAUAUAUGGAGUGGAACCAGAAGGAGCCUGUACCAUGUUUAGAAGCUUUGCUGAGGGAAAGGCCGUUUCUAUGUCUGUGAAAACCAUUGCAGCAGGACUGGCCCCACCAUGUGCAGGGUCCAUCUGUUACAAUAUUUGCAAAGAACAUGUGGAAGACAUAGUGCUGGUGUCAGAUAAUGACAUCAGAGUUGCAGUUUCUGUCUUGUAUAACAUUGGACUUGUUGUGGAACCCUCUGGUGCCGCAGGUUUUGCUGCUGUAUUAGGAAAUAAAAUACCAGAUGUCAGCAAUAAGAGAGUUGUGGUGGUGAUUUCUGGAAGAAACAUAUCCCUAGAGGAACUUCAUGAUUAUCCUAUUGGACAUAAUUCAAAUAUGCUUGAUUAUUGGGUUGCAAAUAUGGCCUAGAGGUCACAGUUGUUUUAUGCAGAGAGGCAACUUUUAGUGCAUUUCAAAUUACCUGUUUUAUUUUGUGGCUCUGGGUUUGUCACUUAAUUACUUAAUCUGCCUAGGUCAUGUUGAUAGAUUGUCACGUUCUGGGAAUGUGCCAUAAAUACAUACAUUUUAACUAUACCUUGCUUUACUGAAAAAAAUAUACAAUGAUUUAGUAAUUAACAUUAAUUAUUAAUUUGCUCUUAUAAUGCAUUUUCCAGCCAAAGACAAAUGUUAUUGUAAUAAUUAUAUAAAAUGUAACAUUGCCUUCUGUGAGAGUUGGGCACUGGGCUGACAACUCAACACCAUUAAAACACCACUGCCAGUCAAUCUGUGGACCGGUGAUCCACUGUGGCGACCCCUAAUCGGGAAAAGCCAAAAGACUUUAAUUAUAUAAAUGUAAUGUUUUUCAUCUGUGAAACUGCCAUUAAUGUUUAUAGCUUAUGUGCAGUCUUUGCCUGUUUCUAUCAUUUCGUCUCCAGUGUGAAAUAAAUUAUGUAAGCUUUCAAGUGGAGAGAACUGUCAGCAGUAUGUCUUGAUUAUUCAGUGAAGAACCAUGUCUGUUAGGGCAUAUCUGCAGGCAGGGUUGUAAAAUAACUUAUUUCAGCUUGCAUUAAACUUGUUUGAUAUAGACUUGGCACAAAUAUUGUAGAGGUUAAACAUUGUUUUCAUCCCGGUCAGAGCAGCGAUUCUCUAUGUCACUUAAAACUGAAAUCAUUAAAAGAAUGAAGUACUUCAUA